CCACACAUGACCAUUUAAAACCAUCCCUGUAAUCCCCUUUCUCCUCUCAGACACCUGCAGGACAGAGGGAUUAGACUCUCUGCUGGAGACCGUCCGAAGACUUCAACAGCGGUCAUGGUGGACGCGGCGGCCGCGGAGCAGUUCCUGGACGCCAACCCGCAGUUCGCCAAGCGGUACUACGACGUCAACUACCGGCCCAAGGUCGUCUCCGACCUGCUGGACAGCAACCGCAAGGCGGCGGUGGACGUGGGCGCCUUCCACGAGCUGUCGGCGGUGGAGGAGAGCGAGGUCCUCUUCGACCUGAUGCGGGACAUCCAGGACAACCUGCAGAUGGAGAAGUCCGUCUUCAACCUCAUGAGGCACCUGAGCUUCAUGAUGAGGGCCGACCGCAUGAGCCUCUUCAUGUACCGGCAGAGGAACGGCGUGGCCGAGCUGGCGACCAGGUUGUUCAACGUGAACAAAGACUCGCUGUUCGACGACUGCCUGGUGCCGCCCGACAGUGAGAUCGUGUACCCGUUGGACAUGGGCAUCGUGGGCCACGUGGCGUCCACCAAGAAGAUGGUCAACAUCGCCGACGUGUCCGAGAGCGCUCAUUACAGCGACUUCGUGGACGAGCUGACGGAGUUCAAGACCAAGAGCGUGCUGGCCGUCCCCAUCAUGAACGGUAAAGACAUGGUGGCCGUGAUGAUGGCCAUCAACAAGCUGGACGGGCCGCGCUUCACCGCCAAGGACGAGGAGAUCCUCAACAAGUAUCUCAACUUUGCCAACCUGAUCUUGAGAGUCUUCCACCUGAGCUACCUGCACAACUGUGAGACCAGGAAGGGGCAGGUGCUGCUGUGGUCGGCCAGCAAGGUGUUCGAGGAGCUGACGGACAUCGAGAGGCAGUUCCACAAGGCCCUGUACACGGUCCGGGCGUUCCUCAACUGUGACCGCUACUCCGUGGGCCUGCUGGACAUGACCAAGACCAAGGAGUUCUUUGACCUGUGGCCGGUGCUUAUGGGAGAAGUUCCACCGUACGAUGGACCCAAAACUCCUGAUGGCCGGGAAAUCAUCUUCUACAAACUGAUUGACUACAUCCUGCACGGCAAAGAGGACAUCAAAGUCAUCCCGAACCCUCCGGCGGACCACUGGGUUCUGGUCAGCGGGUUACCGACCUACGUGGCCGAGACCGGGCUGAUUUGUAACAUAAUGAAUGCCGGUCAGGAUGAUUUUUUCAAAUUCCAGAAAGAGCCCCUGGACGACUCCGGCUGGACCAUUAAGAACGUCCUGUCGAUGCCCAUCGUCAACAAGAAGGAGGAGAUCGUGGGCGUGGCCACGUUCUACAACAGGAAGGAUGGGAAACCCUUCGAUGAAAUGGACGAGACUCUGAUGGAGUCUCUGACUCAGUUCCUGGGCUGGUCGGUGCUGAACACCGACACCUACGACAAGUUGAACAAGCUGGAGAACAGGAAGGACAUCUUCCAGGACAUGGUGAUGUACCACAUCAAGUGUCGCAAGGACGAGAUCCAGCACGUUCUGAACACCAGGGAGAGGUGGGGGAAGGAGCCGGAUGCGUGCGAGGAGGAGGAGCUCCAAGAGAUUCUGACCGAGGUCCUGCCGGACUCCAAGAAGUCGGAGAUCUUCGAGUUCCACUUCUACGACCUCCACCACACGGAGCUGGAGCUGGUGAAGUGCGGCAUCAAGAUGUACUACGAGCUGAAGGUGGUGGACAAGUUCCACAUCCCCAGAGAGGCGCUGGUGAGGUUCAUCUAUUCCCUCAGUAAAGGCUACAGGAGGAUCACCUACCACAACUGGAGACACGGGUUCAACGUGGGUCAGACCAUGUUCACCCUGCUGAUGACGGGCGAUCUGAGGCGCUACUACACGGACCUGGAGUGCAUGGCCAUGGUGACCGCCGGACUCUGCCACGACAUUGACCACCGAGGAACCAACAACCUUUACCAGAUGAAGUCUGGUAAUCCUCUGGCGAAGCUUCACGGUUCCUCCAUCUUGGAAAGACACCAUCUGGAGACUGGAAAGACUCUGCUGAGAGAUGAGUCGUUGAACAUUUAUCAGAAUCUGAGCCGCCGUCAGCACGACACCGUGAUCCACCUCAUGGACAUCGCCAUCAUCGCCACGGACCUGGCGCUCUACUUCAAGAAGAGGACCAUGUUCCAGAAGAUCGUGGACCAGUCCAAGACCUACGAGAACUGGAACGACUGGACCAAGUACAUGAUGCUGGAGACCACGCGCAAGGAGAUCGUCAUGGCCAUGAUGAUGACCGCUUGUGACCUGUCAGCCAUCGCCAAACCAUGGGAGAUCCAGAGCAAGGUGGCGCUGUCGGUCGCUGCAGAGUUCUGGGAGCAGGGAGACCUGGAGAGGACGGUCCUGGAACAGAUUCCCAUCCCCAUGAUGGACAGAAACAAAUCCGACGACCUGCCCAAGAUGCAGUGCGGUUUCAUCGACUUCGUCUGCGCUUUUGUGUACAAGGAGUUCAGCCGAUUCCACGUGGAGAUCACCCCCAUGCUGGAGCGCCUGCUGAACAACAGGAAGGAGUGGAACGCGCUGAAGGAGGUGCACGAGGCCAAACUGGCUGCCAUCGAGGGGGCUCAGAAAGCCAAGGAGGAGGCGGCGCAGAAAGCUCCGGGGGCCAAACAAGCGAGUGCAGCCCAGUCUGAGUCAAAGACGUGCAUUGUCAGUUAAAGAAGCUUCAGCAGCAGGUUGCUUAGUACACUUUGU